CAUUUAUGCACAAAUAUUAAAACUACAAGUCAUUAAAAUGUCUAAUCUCAAAGAAGACAUGAUUAACAGACAGCUAGCAAAAGCAAUGCCUUGGUUUGGAAUGGACAUUGGAGGCACACUUACAAAAUUAGUAUAUUUCGAACCUAAAGAUAUCACACCUAGCGAACAAGAUGAGGAAGCAGAAAGUUUGCGCAGCAUCCGACGAUAUCUGACGAAAAAUUCAGCUUAUGGCAAAACGGGCCAUAGGGAUGCUCAUUUACAGAUGGACAAUGUGGAAAUACGCAAAAGGAAAGGAUCGCUUCAUUUCAUACGUUUUCAAACCACAGAUAUGGGUAACUUCUUGUCAUUAGCCAAACAAAAAGGGAUGGCAGAAUUGGUGACAACAGUAUGUGCAACAGGAGGUGGUGCUUUUAAGUUUGAAAAUGAUUUUCGCGAGCAAGUGAACAUGAAAUUGGCGAAAUUUGAUGAACUCGAUACUCUUAUUAAAGGCAUCCUUUUUGCUGAAAUUCAAAACCGAACCGAAUGCUAUUACUAUGAAAAUGCCAGGGAUAUAAUGAAAAGUGAAAAGAAAGCCUUCGAUUUUUCACAGCCAUAUCCAUUCAUUUUAGUCAAUGUUGGGUCUGGCGUUUCUAUACUUGCUGUAUAUGGCCCGGACAACUACAAGCGAGUUUCGGGUACAAGUUUGGGGGGUGGAACGUUUCUUGGCCUUUGUUGUCUAUUAACUGGUUGCAACACAUUCGAAGAGGCAAUUCAACUUGCUACCAAAGGUGAUAAUCGUAAAGUAGACAAAUUGGUUCGGGAUAUUUAUGGUGGUGACUACGACCGUUUCGGAUUAACUGGCGAUCUUGUGGCUUCCAGUUUCGGACAAAUGCACCUGAAAGACAAGCGAACCUCAGUAUCACGAGAAGAUCUUGCAAACGCGACAUUAGUUACAAUUACCAACAACAUAGGUUUGAUUGCCCGUAUGUGUGCGCUGAACGAAAAAAUGGACAAGGUCGUGUUUGUUGGCAAUUUCUUGCGUGUUAAUCCCAUAGCCAUGAAAUUGUUGGCCUAUGCAAUGGAAUUUUGGUCAAAUGGUACACUUAAGGGAUUAUUUUUGGAGCACGAAGGAUACUUUGGUGCUUUAGGAUGUUUACUUCAAUUCAACGGCGAAAUAGCUGCUGCUCUAAAUGAGACGCCUGAUAAAUGCACAGCCCCUCCAAAGUCACCCACAGAUCCACUGCAACCAGUAGACGACGCACCUAGCGGAACCGGUGACACCACCUCGCCAAAAGAGCAACAAAGAUAG